AUGAAAGGAAUUCAAGUACCUUACCUAGCUUUUGCACCAUUUACCUUAUCUUCAUGUGCUUUUAUUGGUCUUUUGAUAUAUAACUUAUUUGCAUUUUUCUCUGGAUCUGAUAAGUUUGCACCCUAUACAAGUGGCAUGUUGGGCUUUCCAGUGGCCAAUGUUGCUUUAACAGUGGUUCACAUAAUCUGUGCCUAUGCUGGAUCUGCCACAAUGUACGCCAGAUAUACUGUGCUGAGAAACCGUCAGUCUGAAUAUGUUAAAACACACACCUGGGCCAACAUAAUCCUAUUGGCACUUGGAUUGUUGGCCUCCCAAGGAUACGUUUUGGAGAAUAACUUUCCGGUGUUGGUGUUCCCUGAAGUGCACAUAGCAGGAGUGCUGACAGCCACUGUAUGUGCAAGUGCCUAUACUCUAAUAAAUACAGUGAUAUCGUACAGGACGCCAGAGAAGAAGGACAGCCGUUUCACAUGCCAUGUGCGCUUGGUUAUAUCAAUAACCACCAUAUUGACAUUAGCUCUAGAUUCAACAUUUGAUUUUAUCUUUGUCUGGAUCAUACAAGAAAAUGCACAGAUUUAUGAGAUCAUCAAUAUUGCAAGGGUUAUCAGCGAAUGGCUCUCAACCAUCACAUUUUAUGGAUAUUUGGCCACAUUUGUGCCGGACCUUAUAAUCUACGGUUUCAGAAUACCCAAGAAUAUGGAGGAAGACUGCUUUUAUAUUUUACCAUCACUCGAUGAUGUAGAGGCCAACAUUCAAAAAAUGGAAGGCAGUUAAAUAGAAGAGAGAAGGACCAUAACAUUAAUAGGGUUUAUCCAUCAACAGUAACAUUGCCUCUAGUAACAUUGCACUUGUGGCCUGGAGAAGAUAUCAACCAAUGGGAUUUUUCAGUCUCCUUAAUCAGAUAUCAGUGAAGAAGAUGAGUCCAAGAUCUGUGAAGAAGAUGAGCCCAUACUCAUUUCAAACAUUUGUUACAUCUAAGCCACCUACUCGGCUCUUACCAAUGAUAUCUUCAGGAUCUCCUAUUUGUUGUUAUGGACCUACCAUACUAACCUAUGGGGUUAGUUUAUGAUUUUAAAUAAAAAUGACUUCUAUAGUGAAGGUGUAAAUUCUCUGUUGUCCUGUUUUUAAAUCAGCUGAUACUGAAUUGAUCUGACCAUGUUUGGAAGCUGUCCUGAAGUUGUUUCAUUAUAUGAUUAGGUGUUGAUUUCUGUUUUUUCAUGGGCACAUUAGCAUAAUAUGCAUUUAACCGUUACAGCACUCCAUAUUGCAGAUUGAGUGCCAUUUUGGUGUAGACCAGUGGAUAGCAGUAAUUUUUAUUUCAAAUCUGCCUUUGGCCAGGUCCUAUUUGAAGGUCCAACCUUUGGCCAAGCCCCCCUUAGCUCAUACAUUAAAGGGUGUACUUAUUAACAUAGUAAGUUAGGAUGAAAGAAAACUCAUCCCCCCAAGUUCAACCUUAAAUCUGUUUAUAUAACCUGCCUAACUGCUAGUUGAUCCAGAGAAAGGCAAAAAAAAAAAACAUUUGAAACCUCUCCAGUUUCCU